AAAUCUGUCAGCUGUCAAAGCAACAGAAAAACGUAAACAAAUCUCGCGGCAUUUUAUUCUGUGGAUUGUAAUUUUAGUUAGUAAAUUUCAUCACCCCAUUGCCUUGAAAUGGCUACCAAAAUCGACCAGAAAGAAUACUUAAAACGUUAUCUUUCCAACGAUAAGGACAAGAAGAAGAAAAAGAAGAAAAAGGAUAAAAAAGCUGCUAAACCGGGCAAUGUGGUAAUCGUUGAUGAUGAUCUGGAUUUAACGGAACUGCAAAAAAGAAUUGAUGCGGAUGAAACGGAUCUAUUCGGUCUAGAUGAGGAGGCACCGCUCGUGGUCGGAAUUAUCGAUGAAAGACCGCCUGAACUGAUAGCUAAGGAGGACUUCAAUAGCACCAAGUGGAAAGCUGUCGCUACAACCAACAGCUUUGAUAGUAUGCUACAGCAAAGUAAUCGAACGGAAAGGUCACAAACGGAUCGAAAAUAUUCAAGCCCACCGCUUAAAAGUGUGUCAAAUCGGCAGAGAAAAGAUUCGGAUGAAAGUCCACCCAGAAGGAGAUCGAAGGAAAGGAAACCUAAACGAGCCGAUUCGGAUGAAAGUCCUCCGCGUAAGUCUGCCGUCGGUAAAAGCAAACGACACGCUGAAGAUUCCGACGAAAGUCCACCGCGGAGUAGAAGAUCGAAGGAAAAGGAAAGGCACAAAAGGCGGGAAGAUUCUGAUGCGAGUCCGCCACGCAAACGUAAGGAAAGGGAAGAUUCUGACCCUAGCCCACCUCGGAAACAUCGACAGAAGGAUUCAGACGAGAGCCCUCCAAGGCGAAGGGAAGAUAAUGCGUCGGAGAGGUUUAAACAUCGUCGCGAUUCAGAUGAAAGUCCACCCAGACGGCACCGUGUGAAGGAGCGAUCCGGCCGAAGCGACGGUAAACGUGACCAUCCAUCCACAUCAAAGUCAAGGUAUCGGUCGGAUGAAUCGGACGCAAGUCCUCCCCGUAGAAAAGAUAACGAUAGGAAAGAUACCUCAAAUCGUAGACGUAAUUCCGAUGAAAGUCCUCCACGUCGAAAUCGUCCGAAUGAAUCGGAAGGUCGAUCGCGCUGGACUGGGGAGAGAAGAGAUCGUGCAGAAAGGAAAAGUCCUGCUGAUGGGCGUCGUCGACGUAACGAUUCGGAUGAAAGUCCUCCCAGGCGCAGAGGACAUGAAAGUUCCUCGCAUCGUAAUUCUGAUAGCCGAUCGCACCUCAAACCGAGUAGAAGAACGUCACCUCCGGCACGGAUAAAGCAAGAACCGAACCGUUCCGAUUCCGAUCUUUCACCCCCGAGAAAGUCGGGACAGUUAGCGCGACAAGAUUCGGAUGAAAGUCCACCUAGAAGAAAAGCAUCACAACGACGCUUUUCAAGAAGCCCAGAGCGGCACAAAAAGCGGGAAUCAUCACAUCGGAGAGAUUACCGUGAAAUAGAGCAACGAAUCAAGCAGGAACCACGUUCUCCGUCUCAGCGGCGCAAUGAACCAACCGACCGGAUGACUAAAACGCUCGACGGCAAACGUGCCGGAUUGCAGGAUGCAGCAUCGCUGCGGGAAGAGAACGAAAAGCAUCGUGCACGAGAGCGGGCAGCAUUGAUGCAAAUGUCCGACGAUGUUUCGGGUCGCUAUGCGGACACGGUGGUACGGGACAAAUCGGGACGUCGGCGUGACGUUGAGAAGGAAUUGCGCGAAGAGCUUACCAAACGCAAGCACGAAGAGAAGAAAAAGGAAAUUUAUACCCGUUGGGGAAAAGGGGUAAAACAGGUGGAAGAGUAUAAUGCGCAACUGCAAGCAGCGGCACACGAAAUGGAUAAACCUUUGGCACGGUACGCCGACGAUAAGGAUCUGGAUGAGUACCUCAAGCAGCAGGAACGGGACGGUGAUCCAAUGCUGGAGUAUUUGCGCAACAAACAGAAGGAAGAAAACAAACGUGCAGGCAUUCCGGAAAAGCCAAUGUAUCAGGGCUCAUUCCCAGACAAUCGAUUCGGUUUGCGGCCCGGCUAUCGAUGGGAUGGUGUCGAUCGAUCGAACGGGUUCGAGAAGCGUUGGUUUGAAGCAACAAGCAAGAAGAAGGCCGUUGAGGAGGAGGCGUACAAGUACAGCGUGGAAGACAUGUAAGCUUAACGAUGGUUUCUCAACGAACGGAACACUAGUGUAAAGUGUUGAAGGACGAAAUGAAGAAACACCCGACACACAUCGUUGUGGGAUUUAAAGCUCAAUGUAGUUAUGCAUUUAUUUUGCCUAUUGACAGUAUUACAUUCAUGGCGGUGACAUUUGUCCUCCACUAGCUUUCCUCACCACGUUUGCCAACGUUCCACGUUACAAAUCGGAGCAAAUUGCAGCCUUUUGGGCGUAUGGGGUUAGAAUUGAGUUUUUGGGAGAGGGUGUACAACCGUUCCACGCUACGCUGUUGUGAAGGUGUGUCUAUUACGGUACGGUAGCUUUGGCCCACCGGCAGCUUAAUAACUGCGAAGCAGGUUCAGCAAAUGAAUUGUGGCUGGCUCGUACGCCGUAAUUUCGAUUCGGUGCGUUUAAUUAUCAUCUAUUUAAACCGUCCGAUGGAAUGGAGGCCUACAGGAAAAUGGCACGCUUGAAAAGUGGGUAUCCUGAUGUAAAACAUGCUCUCGCUUAUCCUUCUUACGCUUUCUUUUUUUAUUGGGCUUCAUCCUACUACCUGGUCGGUGCAACAACUUACACAGCGUGUCCCAAUCGUCUUGUACCACAAUCUCUGGCCCUUACUUCGAUCGCUGUUUGGUGGAGGCUGUCUGCUGAGGCAAAAUGAAACACGGGCAUUACAACAUGGGUUCGAGACUUGAGUUUUCGUAAUUUGUUUUUUUUUUUCGUUUUAGCGUUCUCUUCUGUGUGGAUGUUUGUUUUUCUUUAAAGUGAUUAUUUAGUAGAAAUGAUUUACCGUGUUUAGUAAUUCAUGGUUGUAUUUAUAUCAUCUUUCUAAUGUUUUGCAUUAUUAGCUUAAAGAGUAAACUUUGUGUUUUGUUUUGUAGUAGUUUCUUUUUUUAAUGAUCUUUCAUACUCGAUCGUUACACUUACGGUGUCGGUUGUGUAUUUAUCUUUUCGGUGUUUCUCGCUUUAAUUAUGCUUUACCUUUCUUUUAUACGUUUCCUUUCGUCUGUCUACCUGGUGUGUUAUCCCACUUUCUUUGAUCGAGAUCCCCUUUGCUGGACUGUUCUGUUAUACAUUAUUUGCUAGAAAUUCGCACAAACGUUCAGUAGAGGAGCUAGUGUGUGU